UGGACAGCGCCGCGUGCGCUGCGCCUGCUGCGGGCGCCGGAGCCCCAAUGCGCGCCUUCUGCAAUUCGUGGCAGCGACAACCGCAGCAGCGAAGCCCCAGGCCGCCGCCGCCAGGGACCCUUUGCGCGGGCUGAAGGGGCGACGCGAGGAGCCCAGUCCAGGAGCGGGCGACGCGGCGGACGGCGAGCAGGAUCCUCUCCUGGGACGGAGAGCGAAUGGCAGCGAGGGACGAGUCCAGUUAAACAAAGGCGUGGAGCCAAGAGGGCGCUUGGCCGCUGCUGAGGAUCGGGGAAGGGGGCUGUUGCCUGGCGGCAGCGGGAUUGCAGCUGCACACAGCGCAGGAGCUGCCGCUGCAAGAGCCAAGCCCACUUCUGGAGGUGCUCUGCGGCUCGACCCGCUUUUGCCCCUGCCCGUGAAGUGCGACUGGUGGACGCGGGGGAGGACCCCGCCCGCCCACGGGUUGAGAGUUGCGCGCUGAAAACUGUCCGGUCUCUGGAGAGGGCGCCGGCCUGUUGGGCUGGGCUCCGCGCUGCCUCCGUGCCUGUGUGCAAACUGGCAUCGCACCACUCCCCGCUGCCCUGCGUCUGAGCGAGGCGUUGCGCCGUCUCCCGUCGAGAGAAGACCAGCGCCUCGCCCAGGAGCCGCCUCAUUCGAGGGUCCCGUCAGAAGAAAGAGCAUCCAUGGGCCCGAUUCGGAGCACCGCCUGGCUCUAGCAAGUGGGAAGCUCCCGACUGGGAAACGGCAAAGGCGGAUCAGAAGCAGCCGAAGGACAGAAGAGCCCGCCGGCGCUUUCCAGACUCGGCACCGUCAUUCCAGCGUCUGGAGAGGAAGGCGGGGCUUGGAGCCGCCCCUCCCACUGUUGCCGGAGGUCCCGGCGUCGAAGUCGAGCCGGCGUCCAGAAUUACAUGCUGGAGAAAACGGCUUGAAGGCUCCCUCGCCCUCCUCUUUAGCCUCGCGUGCCGCCCCCCUCCCUCCCCGCCGAUGCCUCUCUCCACACGAAGGGAGUUUCUUCCUUCUUCUAAACAAGCUGUAGCCCGCAGUAAAAGUAAUUGAAACGAAGUUUGAUCCUUCUGCGCUGCAAAGGUUCUGCUUGCGGGUCUCCGGAGUCCCUCCGGUUUCGUGGAGACGAGAGACCAGAGCAGGGGAAGUUGGCUUGCUUGACGGGAGGGGAUCCUUGGCCUGGAUUGCCAUCGGGGCGUCGGGAUCGCCCGGAUCCGUCCUUCGCCUCUCAACCCGGGAGAGGGCUGCCGCUUUGCUCGGAGCCCUCCUCGCGGAAGGAGCAGCGCCCGCCGCCAGCAUGUCGAAAGUAGCGGCCGGGGCUGGAGCUUCAGCCGCGGCGCCGGCCGGAGCGGAAAGUUGUGGGGCGGCGCCGGCCGAAGACCUGUCCAAAGUGUCGGACGAGGAGCUCCUCAAGUGGACCAAAGAGGAGCUCAUCCGCAGCUUGCGCAAGGCCGAGGCGGAGAAGAUGAGCGCCAUGCUGGACCACAGCAACCUCAUCCGCGAAGUCAACCGGCGCCUGCAGCUGCACCUGGGCGAGAUCCGGGGGCUGAAGGACAUCAAUCAGAAACUUCAGGAGGACAACCAGGAGCUGAGAGACCUUUGCUGCUUCUUGGACGAUGACCGGCAGAAAGGCAAGAAGGUUUCCCGAGAGUGGCAGAGACUUGGCCGCUUCAGUGCCGGUGUCAUGCAUAAAGAGGUUGCCUUGUAUUUGCAGAAACUGAAGGAACUGGAAGUGAGACAGGAAGAGGUUGUCAAGGAGAACCUGGAGUUGAAGGAGCUCUGUGUCCUGCUGGAUGAAGAGAAGGGGGGUGUUGUGGGGUGCCGGAACUCGAUCGAUAGCCAGGCCAGCCUCUGUCAGCUCAGUGCCACCAAUACGUACAUAAGGGAUGUCGGCGAUGGAAGUAGCACCUCCAGCACUGGUAGCACGGAUAGUCCUGAUCAUCAUAAGCAUCAUCCAAACUCAAGUCCAGAGCACCUCCAGAAAACGAGGAAUGAAGGGAGCCCUGAGCACCAGAAGCACAGGAGUGCCAGUCCAGACCACCUCCAUAAACCCAGGGGUUCUGGAAGCCCUGAUCCCCAGAAGCAUCUGAAAGGACCGAGUCCUGAGCAUCACAAAACGAUUGGCAAAGUCACCCCCGAACAGCAAAAGCACAGCUGUAGCAGUCCGGAAACCCUGCCCAAGCACAUGGUGAGUGGUAGCCCAGAACAUUUUCAAAAACAUAGGCCUGGGAGCAGUCCAGAGCACCAGAAGCACAGCAGCAGCAGCCCAGAUCACCUUCAGAAGCACACUCUGAGUGGAAGCAUGGAACAUCUCCCCAAAGUGAGGGGCACCAGCCCUGAACACCUCAAACAGCAUUAUGGGGGAAGCCCAGAGCAUCACAAGCACUUGGGUGGAGGUAGCAGAGAAGGCACUUUAAGGAGGCAAGUCGUGGACGACCUGUCCCCCCAUCACCGCAGUCUCUACAACGGGAUGAAUGGUUGGAGGUAUUUUCCUUUUGCCUGGACUGGACAGCUAUGAGGCUCUACAUCUCCAAGUGGAUUACAAAAUCUUGGAAAAUACAAGGUCUGUGGACUUAAAUACAUUACAGAUUGGCAAGUACCUAAUUGGAGCAAUAAAGGAGAAGGGUGGUGAUGAAAGGAUUUUGGAGUGAUUUACAAGCAUUUGGAACAUCCUUCUGUAAAAGCAAAAGAUCACUGGAGGUAUGAGUUAAACUUUGGCUGACAUUUGUUUAAAGAUUUUCAGAUGGGGUAGCUUAAUAACUUGUAGUAAGACUGUUCUUACCGGAUCAUGGGAACAGAAACAGUCUUAUCUCAAAUCUCACUUUCUUAAAAUACACAAUCCUAAAAUACGACAAUCCUAAAAUGUUAGAUGUGCAUUACAAAGAAACAUUCUGUGUUGAUGCUGUUUUGUGGAUUUGAGAAAGAAUUCUAAUUCUAAUCUUUCUUUUUAACUUUAAAAUGUCCAUAAGCUCAGCAGAGAUGAUCAAACAACUUUUAUUAAUCUUUCGAAAGAUAAGUCAAUCAGAGACUAAUAUGAAAGAAGAUCUUAAAAGUUUUAAAAGAGGAGUUUAAACUAUCAGAAUUUAAUGCAUGAAAAUACUUUUUUUAAAAUUAAAGAAUUUCAACCAGGAGCUUGCUUUGACUAUGACUAUAAUUAAAGAUUCAGAAACAAGUGAAGUAGAUCUUGAAAAUGAAUUUGUUGACAGUCCACAAAAAUAUAUUCCAGUUAAUGAUCUUCUUGAUAUUGAGCAGACCUACAGAGAACCUUUAGUAGAAAGGAAGAUUAAUACACUGAACAUACUUCUGAAGAAAAGUGAGCCUAACUUUUUAUGACAAAUUUCCUUGAAAGAAGUAGCAGAACAUAAUUGGAAAAUUUUACUUGCUUUAGAAAUGCUCCUAUCUACAGGGAAAAUAAUUAUAAAAACUGCAAAUCAAACAAAACAAUUGGCAUUAUGUCUUACAGAUGAAGAUCUUUUUUGAAGACUCCAGAAUUGACUUUUGAGAAAAGCCACUAAUAAAUAUAUGUUUAUGUUUUAUUAAAAUAAUUUUAAUGCAUAAGAGCAUAAAUAAAUGUAUAUCUUUUCAACAACUAUGUUACU